CGAUGCUUUUUUACAUCACUAACACUCGUGCGAAACGGACGCGAAUUUUCAUUUGUGCUGCGGAAACCAACAACAACAGACAACAAAUAAAAACAAACGAAAAACAAAACGGUCAAAAUUCCGGGUCAAAAAAUUGAAACGUUGGAAAAAUAAAACGAAAAACAUAGACGCACUAAAAGCUCGGUGAAGUCCUUCGUGGGCGAAACCGAAAUAUAAAAUAAAUCACAGCCACACUUGCUCUUUGUAACUCCUUUUCGCCUUGCGCUGCUCUUGUUUUCCCUUUUAAAUAUUUUUUUUACGAGUUGGUUUCCCGAGAAUUUCCCAUACUCGCGCGUGGUAAACAAGACUCAUUUUUUUACAGUGUUUGUUUUUUAAAAGUGCAGACAAGCUGACAAGAAAGAGAUAACAACAUAAAAACAGAAACAGAAAGUAAGCCAAAGAGUGGCAACAACAAACAAACCAACCAAACGGAAUCAAAGUCAAACAAACGCGAACGCGAAGGAAGCUUCAAAAGAGAGACAAGAGCGCGAAAAGGAGGUGGAGAGGAGCGGCGGAGAAUCUAAGUGGCUGUGAGCUGAAAAACAAAACAAAAAAAAAAAAACAAGUGCAACCAAAUACAGUGUCACCUGUUGUGAGUAAAAUUAAGGAAACGCGGAGAGAGCGCGAGAGAGAGUGCGACAGCCGACUGAUCAAACUGUAAAUCUUGCAAUGCUCUUCAAACUGAAAUUCGCAAGGCGGGAAAAAACAAACAAAUAUAAAUAAACAAGAAUAACAAACAAAAAUAGGUAGCAAAAGCAAGAACAACAAAAGCCGAAGCCAAUUAAUUAAAUACAUAUCUACUUCAGCGCAUCGCCGUGCUCCCAUCGAACUAAACUAAAUGUUGCGCUGCGUCGAGGAUUUUAAAUAAAAGGGAACCUGCCGCUCGGAAGUCGUGGCAGAAGUGCAGCAAGUGCUGCCGGGCCAAGUUCAAUUAGCCGGAAAACGGACCAUGUGAUCUGCUAUAAAUGCGAUUGUAUAUACACACACACACAUCCGUUGGGAGCAUCGAUAGAUAGGGCCAGUAUAUAAUAUGUCCGGAAAUUAAGUUGACAGUUGAAAAAGAGAGAGAGAGAGAGAGCGAGCGAGAGACGGGGGACAGAUCUUGAUCUGGUUAGAUAUAUAUCGCAUGUGCAGGGCAACGGAAACGGAAGCGUCAGCGGCAACGGAAACAGCAACGGAAGUGGAAACGGAAACGGAAGUGGCUAAGCUAACAUCACACAGUCGGCAAUAAUGACCAAGAAGUACGAGUUCGAUUGGAUCAUUCCGGUUCCGCCGGAAUUGACCACGGGCUGCGUUUUCGAUCGCUGGUUCGAAAACGAAAAGGAGACAAAGGAGAAUGACUUUGAGCGCGAUGCCCUCUUCAAGGUCGACGAAUACGGAUUUUUUCUGUACUGGAAAAGCGAGGGCCGGGAUGGCGAUGUCAUAGAACUCUGCCAAGUAAGCGACAUUCGUGCGGGCGGAACACCAAAGGAUCCGAAGAUACUUGAUAAGGUGACGAAGAAGAACGGCACCAAUAUACCGGAACUGGAUAAGCGAUCCCUGACGAUCUGUUCGAACACGGACUAUAUCAAUAUAACAUAUCACCAUGUUAUUUGUCCAGAUGCGGCAACAGCCAAGAUCUGGCUAGAUGGCAUACGAAAAAUAACCCAUAAUGUCAAAGCGAACAAUAUCUGCCCCAUGAUGUGUCUGCGGAAACAUUGGAUGCGAUUGAGUUACUGCGUAGAGAAGAGUGGCAAAAUUCCAGUUAAAACGCUGGCCAAAACCUUCGCAUCCGGCAAAACGGAGAAAUUGGUGUACACGUGCAUAAAGGAUGCCGGUCUGCCCGAUGAUAAAAACGCAACGAUGACCAAGGAGCAGUUCACCUUCGACAAGUUCUACGCCUUGUACCACAAGGUGUGUCCCCGAAACGACAUUGAGGAGCUCUUCACCUCCAUCACCAAGGGCAAGCAGGACUUCAUCAGCUUGGAGCAAUUUAUCCAGUUCAUGAACGACAAACAGCGCGAUCCGCGGAUGAACGAAAUCCUGUACCCUCUCUACGAGGAGAAACGCUGCACGGAGAUCAUCAACGACUACGAGCUAGAUGAGGAGAAAAAGAAGAACGUUCAAAUGUCGCUGGACGGAUUUAAGCGCUACCUAAUGUCCGACGAAAACGCACCCGUAUUCCUGGACCGGCUGGAUUUCUACAUGGAAAUGGAUCAGCCACUGGCCCAUUACUAUAUCAACAGCUCGCAUAACACCUACCUAUCUGGUCGUCAGAUCGGCGGCAAAAGUUCCGUGGAAAUGUACCGCCAGACACUCUUGGCAGGCUGUCGCUGCGUGGAGCUGGAUUGCUGGAACGGAAAGGGUGAAGACGAGGAGCCCAUCGUCACCCACGGCCACGCCUACUGCACCGAAAUCCUCUUUAAGGACUGCAUCCAGGCGAUUGCGGAUUGCGCCUUCGUGUCCUCCGAGUAUCCGGUAAUCCUGUCCUUCGAAAACCACUGCAACCGCGCCCAGCAAUACAAGUUGGCCAAAUACUGUGAUGACUUCUUUGGCGAUCUGCUGCUGAAGGAGCCGCUACCAGAUCAUCCGCUGGAUCCGGGCCUUCCGUUGCCGCCACCCUGCAAACUGAAGCGUAAGAUCCUCAUCAAGAACAAGCGAAUGAAGCCAGAAGUGGAAAAGGUCGAGCUGGAGCUCUGGCUGAAGGGCGAACUCAAGACGGAUGACGAUCCGGAAGAGGACGCCAGUGCGGGCAAGCCGCCAGAGGCAGCCGCCGCCCCCGCACCCGCCCCGGAAGCAGCCGCCGCCGCCGAAGGAGCGGCCGAGGGUGGCGGAGGAGCGGAGGCCGAAGCCGCCGCUGCCAACUACAGCGGCUCCACAACUAACGUGCAUCCGUGGCUCUCCUCCAUGGUCAAUUACGCGCAGCCCAUCAAGUUCCAGGGCUUCGACAAGGCAAUCGAAAAGAACAUUGCCCACAAUAUGUCCUCGUUUGCGGAAUCGGCGGGCAUGAACUACUUGAAGCAGAGCUCCAUCGACUUUGUCAAUUACAACAAGCGUCAGAUGUCGCGAAUUUAUCCCAAGGGCACACGAGCGGACUCCUCAAACUAUAUGCCGCAGGUGUUCUGGAACGCCGGCUGCCAGAUGGUCUCACUCAACUUCCAGAGCUCCGAUUUACCCAUGCAACUCAACCAGGGCAAGUUCGAGUAUAACGGCGGCUGUGGCUAUCUACUGAAACCGGAUUUCAUGCGUCGAGCCGACAAGGAUUUUGAUCCGUUUGCGGAUGCGCCGGUGGACGGCGUGAUUGCGGCCCAGUGUUCCGUGAAGGUGAUUGCCGGCCAAUUCUUGUCGGACAAGAAAGUGGGCACCUAUGUGGAGGUGGACAUGUUUGGAUUGCCCUCGGACACGGUGAAGAAGGAGUUUCGCACGCGUUUGGUCGCCAAUAAUGGCCUGAAUCCAGUUUACAAUGAGGAUCCCUUCGUGUUUCGCAAAGUGGUCCUUCCGGACUUGGCUGUGCUAAGAUUUGGCGUUUAUGAGGAAAGCGGAAAGAUUCUGGGUCAACGUAUUCUGCCGCUGGACGGUCUACAGGCUGGCUAUCGGCAUGUUUCCCUGCGCACGGAGGCUAACUUCCCCAUGUCGUUGCCCAUGUUGUUCGUGAAUAUCGAGCUAAAGAUCUACGUACCUGACGGCUUUGAGGACUUCAUGGCCAUGUUGUCGGAUCCGCGAGGAUUCGCCGGUGCCGCUAAGCAGCAAAACGAACAGAUGAAGGCCCUUGGCAUAGAAGAGCAGAGCGGCGGUGCCGCCCGAGAUGCUGGCAAGGCCAAAGAGGAGGAAAAGAAGGAGCCACCACUAGUCUUUGAGCCCGUCACGUUGGAAUCUCUGCGCCAGGAGAAAGGCUUCCAAAAGGUGGGCAAAAAGCAAAUCAAGGAGCUCGACACCCUGCGCAAGAAGCACGCCAAAGAGCGCACCUCGGUGCAAAAGACCCAGAAUGCAGCCAUCGACAAGUUGAUCAAGGGCAAGAGCAAAGACGACAUUCGCAACGAUGCCAACAUCAAGAACUCGAUCAAUGACCAGACCAAACAGUGGACCGACAUGAUCGCCAGGCACCGUAAGGAGGAAUGGGACAUGCUGCGCCAACAUGUCCAGGACUCGCAGGACGCCAUGAAAGCACUGAUGCUCACCGUUCAGGCGGCGCAGAUCAAGCAGCUGGAGGAUCGUCAUGCCAGGGACAUAAAGGAUCUGAAUGCCAAGCAAGCAAAAAUGUCGGCGGAUACCGCCAAGGAGGUACAGAACGACAAGACCUUGAAGACCAAGAACGAGAAGGAUCGUCGGCUGCGUGAGAAGCGCCAGAACAAUGUGAAGCGCUUCAUGGAGGAAAAGAAGCAAAUCGGCGUUAAGCAGGGCCGUGCGAUGGAGAAACUAAAGUUGGCGCAUUCGAAGCAGGUCGAGGAAUUCAGUACCGACGUGCAAAAGCUUAUGGACAUGUACAAAAUCGAGGAGGAGGCGUAUAAGACGCAAGGAAAAACGGAAUUUUAUGCCUAAGAUUCCCAGAUCAAUGGUCAAAAACGGGAAAGAGCACCGCGAUACCAAACAGAAUAAAAAAAAAAAACACUAAAAAAUUUGAGAAAAACCAAAAAAAAAAAAAAAAAAUGCUGAUUUAGCUGAAGAUGCUAACAUAUAUACUUUUCCUUAUAAACUACAUUUACACACCCAUCACUCGAAAACACACACUCGCCCACAUCUUGAAAACGUAACUUAACUUACAAAUAUUUAUGUAUAUGUUUUAUGGCGGAAGCAUAAGCUUAUAUUCUUAAUACCUAGAAUUCAAAAACACUUUGUGCUUUAUAUUUAUUUAAGAUUCUGAUGAAGAUAAAAGAAUAAGGAAAAAAAUAAGUCAAUGAGGAGGUCACGCAGUAAUGUGUGCAGUUUAUGGGGACUUGCUCCUCUCGAAUUGAUUGUAAUUUAUUUUGAAAAACAUAAAAAAAACAACCAAUGAAAAAUAAAGGAUACCAAAAUCUUGUAAGGUAUUUUGUGCUAACAACACAAUAAAAACGGUACACCGAUAAGUAUAGACCACACACAGUGCGUUUCGCAACUAAAA